AUGCAAAAUGGACGUGUUCUCGGCCGUAACGAACGACGCAAUCCUUUGGUGAAGCAACUUGUAUUGGAAAAUGAUCGACCAGCACGAAUUAGUCAUUUAAACUUUGGGCUGUUGUCGGAUGUAGACAUGAUGAAAAUGUCGGAGCUUUGUGUGCAUUCAAAAGACCUGUUUAAAGUACAGACACGGGAACCAGCAUUGGAUGGUGUAUUGGAUAAACGUCUCGGUGUGUCAAAUAAAAAGGAUACAUGUGAAACCUGUCAUCUAAAGCUUUCGGAUUGUGUGGGUCAUUUUGGAUACAUUAAACUGGAAUUACCCGUCUUCCAUAUUGGAUAUUUCAAAGCGAUUACCGAAAUUUUACAAAAUAUUUGCAAGACAUGCAGUCGCGUCCUGUUACCACCGAUGGAACGAAAAGUAUUCCUGAAACGAAUGCAAGACCCAAAAGCCGAUGUCUUGAGACUUGUGGGUCUUCGGAAAAAAAUUGCAACAAUUUGUAAGAAAACAAUGAAAUGUCCCUAUUGUGAUGCUAUCAAUGGUACAAUACGAAAAAUUACCAGUACAACGUUGAAAUUGGUUCAUGAUAAAUAUCGAGCUAAAGCCACCUAUGAUCUUCGAAAUGUUUUCAUUGCUCAAUUUGCACAAGCACAAGCAAAUAAUUCGGAAAUUGGAGCUCAUUUAUCAAAAGCACAAGAAGAUUUGAGUCCUUUGGUGGUACAACAAUUGUUUCAAGCGAUUCCAGAUCAAGAUUGUGAACUUUUGUGGAUGGAUGCAGAGGGUGGAAGACCAGAAAAAUUAAUUUUAUCCUCAGUGUUAGUACCGCCAGUGUGCAUUCGUCCAUCCGUAGCGAUGGAUGGAGGAACUGGUAGUAAUGAAGAUGAUAUUACGGUGAAACUCCAGGAAAUUGUGCAAGUGAAUUUUGCUCUACGUGCAGCAUUGCAAAAAGGAGCGUCAUUGAAGAUGGUUAUGGAAGACUGGGACUUUUUGCAGAUUCAAGUGGCACAGCUUAUGAAUGGAGAUACACCCGGUUUAGUCAAGCCACCAGGAGCAAAAACCGGUACGCGUGGGCUUUGCCAACGUCUAAAGGGCAAACAAGGACGUUUUCGUGGUAAUUUGUCUGGAAAACGUGUAGAUUUUUCGGGUCGGACAGUUAUUUCACCGGAUCCGAAUUUACGGAUUGAUCAGGUAGGUGUGCCAGAGCAUGUGGCCAAGACGAUGACGUAUCCGGAAAAGGUUACACGUUACAAUAUCGAGAAGCUGCGCAAGUGCGUCGUGAAUGGACCAAAUGUGCAUCCUGGUGCUAAUAUUAUCCGUAUUGAAGGCCAGAAGUUCACGAAAAACUUAUUGUAUGGUGACCGCGCAAGUUUAGCUGACGAACUAAAAAUUGGUGAUAUCGUGGAACGCCACAUGGAGGAUGGCGAUAUUGUGCUGUUUAAUCGUCAGCCUUCACUCCACAAGAUGUCAAUUAUGUCUCAUCGCGUGAAGGUGAUGCCAUGGCGUACAUUUCGUUUCAACGAGUGUGUUUGCUCGCCGUAUAAUGCUGAUUUCGACGGUGACGAAAUGAACAUGCAUCUUCCGCAGACUGAGGAAGCUCGCACCGAAGCUAUUACACUGAUGGGUGUGGAGCAGAAUCUCAUUACGCCUCGCAAUGGUGAACCGUUGGUUGCAGCUACGCAGGAUUUUCUAACGGCUUCCUACUUGCUCACUCAGAAGAAUAUCUUCUUCAACCGCGAGCAAUUCUGUCAGGUGAUUUCAAUCAUGAGUGAUGCAAAUGAACACAUUGAGAUGCCGCCUCCGGCUAUUGUGCUGCCGAUGCGGUUGUGGACUGGAAAACAGGUGAUUAGCCUUUUGGUGAAACCCAAUUCUCAAACAAAGGUGCUAGCGAACCUAGAGCUAAAGGAACGCAAUUACACGAGCAACAAAUACAUGUGCUGGAAAGAUGGGUACGUGUGCUUCCGCAACAGCGAGCUCAUAUGCGGUAAUCUGGGAAAGAAAACGUUGGGUGACGGCAGUAAACAGGGUCUAUUCUACGUGUUGAUCCGUGACCACGGAUCCCAUGAAGCGGCCCGGUGCAUGAACCGUUUGGCGAAGCUGUGCGCACGCUGGUUGGGGAACUUCAAGGGAUUUUCGAUCGGUAUUGACGAUGUGACCCCUUCAGUAGAGCUUGCAAAGGAGAAACAAAAGCUUCUUCAGACAGGCUAUGAUGCUGCCAAUCGUUCUAUUGAGGACUACCGACAUGGCAAGCUGUCGCUGAAAGCCGGGUGCAAUGCUAUUCAGUCGCUCGAGAGUGAACUUAAUGGCUUGCUUGGUAAGCUGCGAGAGACUGCUGGUGCCGAGUGCAUGCGUACGCUGCCGUUCCACAAUAGCCCGCGUAUCAUGGCUGAGUGUGGCUCAAAGGGAAGUGCGCUAAAUAUUUCUCAGAUGAUGGCUUGUGUGGGUCAGCAGUCGGUGAGCGGCAAGCGUGUUCCAGAGGGUUUUGUGAACCGGACUUUGCCUCACUUCCUCCCACACGCUCUGCACGCGUCUGCCAAGGGAUUUGUGGCUAACUCGUUUUACAGCGGACUGACAGCUACUGAGUUUUUCUUUCAUACGAUGGGUGGACGUGAAGGUCUUGUGGAUACUGCUGUGAAGACGGCCGAGACGGGUUACAUGGCUCGUCGUCUUAUGAAGGCGCUGGAGGAUUUAUCAUGUCAAUAUGAUCAAACGGUGCGUAACUCGGAAGGUUCAGUGGUGCAAUUUACCUACGGCGACGAUGGAUUGAAUCCGGCAUACAUGGAAGGUGAUGAUCGGCCAGUUGACUUCCACCGUUUGCUGGAGCAUAUUCGUAACACAUUACCUGACCGCGAGUCUCCAGCACUGCUUCCUUUUGAGCUUCGUCGUCUGGGCAAGCAGGUGGUGCAACGUCCUCAGUUCCAAGCUAUUUUGCCGACGGGACGCAAGUUUUUGAUUGAGAUUGAAGAGUUCCUGGGUGCUGUUGCAAGUGAAAUUGCAGCAAACCGAACAGGGUGUGGUAUCGAGCCAAUGGAUAAGGAGGUGAAGACAUACGCCUUGAAACUCGAGAAGGCAUUUGAUGACGAUGAGGCGGUCAGUGUGCUGAAGUCUAAGUCUAAUGCUGGCGGUGAGACGAACAAGGAAAAGAAGAUUCAAAUCUCCACCAAACUGGAGAAACUUGCUAAGCCACAGGGUAGACGUCGCUUGAUAAAGGCCGAUGCAGAGUCGAACGAUGAUACAGAGGACUCGGACGAGGAAAUGAGUCUGGAUCUGACAACUUACAAACGAAAAGGGCUGGACAAGGUGGGCCUGCCGGAAUGGGAACACACUCGCUUUAAGACAUUGGAGGCUCGUGCAGAGUGGAGCAAGCGUGCAAGUAAGGAGGGGACAUCGGAGAGAGAAGAGGCUUCAUGGCUGCUCUCUCAUAACGUGUGCCGAAUUACGGUGCAACAGGUGGAAAAGCUACUGGAGAUCUCACUGUACAAGUACAAUCGCGCUGGCAUGGAACCCGGCGAGGCUGUGGGUGCUGUUGGUGCACAGUCUAUCUCGGAGCCUGGAACGCAGAUGACGCUAAAGACUUUCCAUUUUGCCGGAGUUGCUAGUAUGAACGUGACGUUGGGUGUCCCUCGUCUCAAAGAAAUAAUCAACGCGUCGAAGGCCAUUAGUACGCCCAUUAUCACGGCAGCGCUGGUGUGCAAGACCGAUGAACGUUCUGCACGUAUUGUAAAGGGACGGAUUGAGAAGACUACACUGGGAGAAAUCGCCGUACACAUUAAGGAAGUCUUUGCUCGUGACCAAGCAUACCUCUCUGUCAAGUUGGACUUGACGGCCAUUGAGCAGUUGCACCUGAACAUUACAGCUCGUUCUGUACGAAAUAGCAUCCUGAAUGCUGUUGGUAUAGGUCCGCGUGGCGUACUUCGUCUACUGAAGGAACAGCAUGUGCUAUUGAAUGCACGUUGUCCAGACAAGCUGCGUCUACUGGCACCACCCAACUACAAGGGUGCAAAGGGUGACACUCGUGGUGCCUACUUUGCUCUGCAGGCACUGAAAGCGGAACUGCCUGGCGUGAUUGUACAGGGAAUUCCAACGGUGAACCGUGCAGUGAUUAACUACGAGGAGGUGCAGGAUGCGGAUGCAGCGAAUUCGCUCCAUUUGUUAGUCGAAGGCUACGGUCUCGCUGAAGUCAUGGGCAUUCCCGGUGUCGACGGACUUCACACGACUUCGAACCAUAUCAUUGAGGUGGAGAAAACUCUUGGGAUUGAGGCUGCGCGAGAGUUGAUCAGCUCGGAAGUGAAUUACAUUAUGAGCGCUUAUGGGAUUGGUAUCGAUAGACGUCACUUGAUGUUGUUGUCGGAUAUCAUGACGUUCAAAGGUGAAGUACUGGGUAUCACACGUUUCGGUAUUGCAAAGAUGAAGGAAAGUGUGCUCAUGUUGGCAUCGUUUGAGAAGACGACCGAUCAUCUUUUUGAUGCUGCAGUUCAUUCACGCACGGACGCUAUUGUUGGAGUCAGCGAAUGCAUUAUCAUGGGCAUUCCGAUUCCUAUAGGUACAGGCAUAUUCAAGCUUCUACGUCAGGUGGACAAGCCACGCAUACAGCAAAGACAACCGCUUCUUUUUUAG